AUGAUCCCGAGGACCUCUAAUCCCUACCUCGCCCUCCCACCGCCUGAAGACGAGACCCUGGACCUCGACGAGUUACCCUCCGAACAACCACCUCCACCUACCACGCCUGCUCCUACCAUGUCAGGACAUCACCGCAUCACCCUCGCCGCCAAUCCUCCCUACUUUGAUGGCGACAAAUCCAAGUACCUGGGCUUUGUGGACGUGUGCACCACUUACAUCGGUGCCUAUCCAUCGGAGUUCUUGCUGGACGAGACAAAAAUCCUCUUCGUCCUCUCCUACCUCCGUAAUGAGGCCGGCACAAGCUGCGCCGCCUCGAGAUGGGCGAUGAACUGGAAGCAGCACAAUUUCGAGGGUUUCCAAGGAAUGAAGGCGGGAGUCACCGCGACAACCUUCCUGGAGGAGCUCCAGAGGGCCUUUGGAGACUCUAACGCAGAACAAGUCGCUGCUGCCCGACUCAUGGCCCUUUGUCAGGGCAGGCGGUCCUUUGCGGACUACAUCUCCGACUUCGAAAUGCUGGCUGCGGACGCCAGAUACAACGUGGUCACCACCACGAAUGACCAGGGCGAAUACAAGAAGGGGGACCAAGACAAUAUCCUCAUCAAGUUCCUGGAGCGCGGACUCAGUAGCAAGAUCGCCAGCCGUCUGUACAACACUGGUGUCCCUCUGCCCAAGGCCUAUGGGGCGUUCAAAGCCUGGUGCAUCAACAUCGAAGCCAAUGCCUUGCGCGACCAGCUGGCUGCCAACAAACCGGUCCCAAUGAAAAUUGAUCGCACGCACGCCUGCGGCCGCAAUAUCAUCUGCUACAACUGUCAGCAGCCUGGGCACAUUGCGCGGAACUGCCCGGAACCAAGGAAGAAGUGCACAUUCUUCAAUCGGGCCACGAUGCUUGAAGAGAUUGAGAACGGGGACAAAGACAACAAGUUCCUCAAGGAGAUUGCCAAGAAGCUGCGAACCACGUCAACAAAGACCAAAAAGGGGAGCAUCGCUCCGAAGGCUCAAUCCUUGGAAAAGGAGGAAGUGCCUAAGGAAUCUGCCGAAAUCAAGGUUCCAGAAGCACCCAAACGCACCAGGGUGCCAGAUGCCGUCCAGAGGAAAUUGGCGGCCAAGAAACAGAAGGGCCCCCAGCCCAGCAGGUUGGCGCAGGAAUUGCGCAGUUACCAGGCCAAAAAGAAGAGGCAUUUGAGGGACGUAUAUGUCCAGAUCACGGGUCUGGACUCAGGGAAACCGCGCGGGGUCAAGGUGCUACUUGACAGUGGCUGCAGUACCUGCUGCAUCGAUACCGACUACGCGCAGGCAGAGAAGCUGGAUAUCCAAGAGCUUCCACAACCCAUCGUGGCUCGAAACGCUGACAACACCAAGAACAUCAGUGGCCGGAUCACGCAUUACGUUGACUUAAGGAUGAGAAUCGGCCCUCAUGUGGAGACACACAUGUUCCUGCUGACAUGUUUGGGAAAAGCUUGGAUCUUCAUCAGUCUUGACUGGUUGACGGAACACAACCCCAAGGUGGAUUGGCAGGAGCAGACAAUGAGAUUCAGCCGAUGCCCAGAGCGGUGUCACAUGAGGGGUCACGAGGAGCAUCAAGCGAUGAUCAACAUGGAUGCAAUCAACCUGGACACGGGCACACCGGAUCUGGAAGAGGGAGAAUCGAUCCUGACUUAA